AUGAAAUGGCAGUCUGCUACGGAUCAAGAUGGAAAUACUUAUUACUACAAUCCUGAAACUGGAGAAACGUCGUGGGAGAACCCUGAAGCCACUGCUGAAAAUAUCGACGAGGACCCAAAAGGAGAAACUGACGAGGAUUCUGAGUGGAAAGAGUAUACCACUGAUGACGGCAAGAGCUACUAUUACAAUGAGAAAACCGGCCAGAGUGUAUGGGAGGAUCCCAGGAAGCAAGCAUUAGCAUCAGAGGUCAAGGGCGACGGCGAAGAAGGAGAGAUAAAAUUCAAAGACAUAAAUCUAUCUGAUUACGUAGUGCAAUCUGCAUUAAUCGGAGAUGAAACACAAACAAGAUCACCAGAACAAAGAGAAACUGACUUUAUAGCCAUGCUUAAUGAAAGGAAUAUUGAUCCAAAGUUACCAUUUACCAAAGCUAUUUCAUUAAUCAUUCAAGAUUCCAGAUAUUGGAACGUGGAGGAUUCCCUGAAGAGAAAUGACCUAUACCAGUCAUAUCAAGUAUCCAAACAGCAGGAAGUCUUUAAAGAGCAACAGGAUGCAGAGCAGUCAUUUAAAAACACAUUUCUCAAAGUCUUAUCUAAUUACCCAGAGAUAAAAUAUUAUACAAGGUGGAAAACCUGUUCCAGAUUAAUCAUUGACGAGCCUAUAUACUCUCUUGGAUCCGAGAAAUUGAAAAGAAGAUUGUUUGAAGAGUACACUAGCAGUCUCAGAGAGGAACACGAAAGACAAACUAAUGAACUUAAAUCUAACGAACUGCAAGAUCUGAAGACAUAUUUAAAAUCAAGCUUAACUAUUGAAUCAAAAUGGAAAGAUAUAUCAGGUCAAUUGAUGGAAAAGUUCCCUCAUCUUUCAUCUAUGGAGCAGUUGGGCUGCUAUGAACAAGAAAUGGACCUCCAUGUAAAGCAAUUAGACCAAGCUAUCAAACUCAAUCAAAAGCUUAACUACAGGAAAGACAGGCAAGCAAGAGAUUCGUUUAAAAAGGCAAUUUCUUUGAAACUAAAAGAGAUUCAGAAUGCAAAUUUAACAUAUUAUGAGUACAUCCAGCAAAUCAAAGACUUACCAGAGUUUAAAGAAAUUUUGGGUCGAAAUGGAUCCUCCCCUAUUGAUGUAUUUUGGGACUUGCUGGAUAGUGAAAAUUAUGGACUGCAACAAAUAUUGAUUCAGUUAUUAAUAAAGCCGGAAAUGGAAAAUAUAUCUGAUCUUGAAUCAUUCAAAAGAAAGAUUGCUGACCUCGAUUAUCAAGUCUCUGAUAAGAACUCAAAUAUUCUCUUUGGAAUGUUCCAAGUGGAGAAGGAAAAAGAGUUGCAAUCUAAAAAACGGAAAAUUACCCCUGAAGUUUCACGACCCAAAAAGAAAAUCAAUACUUUUGGCUAUGGAUCUUUUUAA